AUAUAGAGAGUAAGAGAGAAACAGAGGGAGAGAGCAAGGGAGAAUACUGUGAGAAACAUGUCUGUAGCUGAGUGUUUUCAGUAGAGAACAGAACUCUCUAGAUGAGUGUGUUCAGUGGAGAACAGAACUCUGUAGCUGAGUGUUUUCAGUAGAGAACAGAACUCUCUAGCUGAGUGUUUUCAGUAGAGAACAGAACUCUCUAGCUGAGUGUUUUCAGGAGAGAACAGAACUCUCUAGCUGAGUGUUUUCAGUAGAGAACAGAACUCUCUAGCUGAGUGUUUUCAGUAGAGAACAGAACUCUCUAGCUGAGUGUUUUCAGUAGAGAACAGAACUCUCUAGCUGAGUGUUUUCAGGAGAGAACAGAACUCUGUAGCUGAGUGUUUUCAGUAGAGAACAGAACUCUCUAGCUGAGUGUUUUCAGUAGAGAACAGAACUCUAGCUGAGUGUUUUCAGUAGAGAACAGAACUCUCUAGAUGAGUGUUUUCAGUGGAGAACAGAACUCUGUAGCUGAGUGUUUUCAGUAGAGAACAGAACUCUCUAGCUGAGUGUUUUCAGUAGAGAACAGAACUCUCUAGCUGAGUGUUUUCAGUAGAGAACAGAACUCUCUAGCUGAGUGUUUUCAGUAGAGAACAGAACUCUGUAGCUGAGUGUUUUCAGUAGAGAACAGAACUCUCUAGCUGAGUGUUUUCAGUAGAGAACAGAACUCUCUAGCUGAGUGUUUCAGUAGAGAACAGAACUCUCUAGCUGAGUGUUUUCAGAGAACCAGGAUGUCUACGUCGAACCAGCCAUGGCACCAUGGUAAUAUCACCCGAUCUAAGGCUGAGGAUCUGCUCUCCAAAGCAGCUAGGGAUGGGAGCUUCCUCCUCCGGGACAGUGAGUCCAUACAGGGUGCCUAUGCCCUCUGUGUUCUGUACCAGAACUGUGUGUAUACCUACAGGAUCCUACCCAAUGAGGAGAGGAAGCUCUCUGUCCAGGCCUCUGAGGGUGUCCCUAUCCGGUUCUUCUCUGUGCUUGCUGACCUGGUGGAGACGUACUACAGUCCCAACAUGGGUCUGGCUACACACCUGCAGUUCCCUGUUCAGAAAGAAGAGGAGCCAGAGGAGGAGCCAGAUCCAGUUAAAUACCCGCCUCAGCUACCACCCAGGAACUUCUCAGGAGGUCUGUCAGCCAAUGGCAGUAAAGAGAUCCACGGGGGAGAGUCACAGACUUCAGAGCUAGCCUGUGCUUCCCUGAGAGACACGUACCUACAGAGGCUGCAACACUUGGACAUGUCUAACCUGUCAGAAGAGCACCAACAAUCCAUCCAGGAAUACUUCCACACGUCACUCCGUCUCGAUGCUGAGCAAGCCCAGAAUGGGAAUCCCAACCUUCCCCAUCUGAAAAAGCUCACUAUGGGAAUUUGCAAACAUCUUAACAGUGAGAUCUCCCGUACCCUGCCCACUCUGGAGGCUUUUCAGAGGCUUCUAGACCAACAGCUGUCCCCAGUGGUCGGCCGAAUGAGAAGUCAGGUGUCAACAGAUUCAGGUCAAACUGUUUCCUUCAGGCUGGAACAAAUUACCAAGCUGCUCUACUCCAUCGAGGAUAAAGCCAAAACGGCUCUGUUUGAGUCGGUAGGAUAUGAAGGAGGACACAGGAAGUCUCUAAUACCACCUAUUACAUUUGAAGUCAAAUCAGAGUUGCUUGGUCUCACAACCAAGAUGUUCCUCAAGGUGGAUGUGGAAACUGGGAAGAUCUACUUCAAGAAAUCUAAAGACGGACCAGAAGAUAAAUACUUUGUACAUCAUAAAAUUUUACAGCUGGUGAAAUCCCAGAAAGUUGCCAAACUGGUGAUCGUGGUGGAGACCGAGAAGGAGAAGACUCUGAGGAAAGAGUUUGUCUUCGACGAUACAAAGAAAAGAGAAGGGUUCUGUCAACUCCUUCAGCAGAUGAAGAACAAACACUCAGACAAGCCUGAGCCAGAUAUGAUCACUGUGUUCGUUGGCACCUGGAAUAUGGGUAACGCCAGUCCUCCCCACAGCAUAGCAUCCUGGUUCCAGUGUAAAGGUCAGGGCAAGACCAGGGACGACACGGCCGAUCACAUUCCUCAUGACAUCUAUGUGAUCGGGACUCAGGAAGAUCCCCUCGGGGAGAAGGACUGGAUAGACACGCUGAAGAGUGCCUUGAGAGGAACCACCAACAUCAGCUUCAAACAAAUAGCCAUCCAAACCCUAUGGAACAUCCGCAUCGUUGUGCUAGCCAAGCCAGAGCACGAAAACAGAAUCUCACACAUCUUCUCAGACAGCGUUAAGACAGGGAUCGCCAACGCACUGGGAAAUAAGGGAGCAGUGGGUGUGUCCUUCAUGUUCAACGGUACUUCCUUUGGCUUUGUCAACAGUCACCUGACUUCGGGGAGCGAGAAGAAGCUCAGACGCAACCAAAAUUAUGUCAGCAUCCUACGUUUCUUGAAUCUUGGAGAUAAGAAACUGAAUCCGUUUGACAUCACACAUCGAUUCACUCAUCUGUUCUGGCUUGGGGAUCUGAAUUAUCGAAUUGAAUUGCCAUCCACAGAAGCCGAGAGCAUCGUGACCAAGAUCAAACAGCAGCAGUACCAGGAACUGCUGUGUAGAGACCAGCUCACCAUUGAGAAAGGAGAGGGGAAGAUAUUCCUACACUAUGAUGAGGAGGAGAUCACGUUCGCGCCCACGUAUCGUUUCGAGAGAGACACACGCGAGAGAUAUGCCUACACCAAGGCCAAAGCCACUGGGACUAAAUACAAUCUACCAUCAUGGUGUGAUCGUGUUCUACGGAGGUCCUACCCCUUGGUUCACGUGUUCUGUCAGUCAUACGGGUGCACCAAUGACAUUAUGACCAGUGACCACUCUCCAGUUUUCUCCACGUUUGAAGUUGGAGUGGCAUCACAGUUUGUCUCCAAGCACGAUCCCAACAGUGUGUCUCAGGGUGGGAUCAAGUUCAUGAACUGUGUUGCCACCCUCAUGACAAAGUCCAAGACCAAGUUCUUCAUCGAAUACCACUCCAGCUGCUUAGAGAAAUUCGUCAAGAGCUCAGAAGGAGAGAACCAAGAUCACUCAGAUGGGAACAUCAAGGUUCGGUUUGGAAACCAAGUUGAGCUCAUCCCUAUCAUCUCAGACCCAGAGUAUUUGUUGGAUCAGCACAUUCUCCUGUGUGUCAAGUCCACAGACUGUGAUGAAUCCUAUGGAGAGGGCUGUGUGGCUCUGCGAGCGGCAGAGUCCUCCUACACAGAGUUCCACGUGACGCUGACGCACCACGGCGAGCGGACUGGCACCCUGACAGGGGGUGUACAACUGCGCACCUCUGGGGGCAAACAGACCGAGAAGUUAUACGAUUUCAUCCAAGUGGAAAGGGAUGAUUCUGGCACCCCAAAAGGGAAAGGUCUGGACCACAACAGCAGGUUCGCUCUUCCCCAUCCCAUUGAUAUCACCAACCCCAAUUACAUGGGGGUGGGCUACAAGUCUGGAGGUGUGACAGACAGGGGCUGGAGCUACAGCAUGUCCCCCAGAUCAGGCUCCGGAGGUGGGGGUGGUGUCGGUGGGCACGGGGGCAAGGACCAGACCCAUGGAAACGUCUUUCCCAAAAAGACUGUCUACGACCACAGCGCUGUGCGAAGCCCCACUGGAAAAGCAGCGGAUAACGUAGGUGAGGACGGGAAGCCAGCGGAGAUGUUUGACAACCCUCUGUACGGCUCCAUGGGAAAGUCUGGAGGAGGAGCUAAAGAGUCACCAGACCCUCAGUCCUCCAAGGAACACCUGACCCCUCCAGACCCCUACUUCUCCUUUCCCAAACCCUCUGACCAGGACCCUGACCGGCCCCCGGUCCCCACGCCGCGCAACCGCUCUUACACCUGUUCUGAGACCAAGCCCCAGUGUUCAGCCCCUAAUUCCUUCGCCUCCCUCCACCCCCUGUCCUACACCAAGAACCCUGUGAAGCCGUCACGCUCCGAUGGGGGCAUGGUACUAACGGCCAAUAAGCCGCCUCUGCCCAUGAAGUCCCGCCCAGGCCAGGCGGAGGCCACGUCCACUAAGCCCAGAGACUACCGAGACAGCUCGGAGCUGCCCAGCAAACUCCGCCCACCUUCAAGGCCCAUCCAGCCCCUCCCCAAAGAAGCGCUUCAUGAGACGACUCAACCCUCGAAGAUGGGCCGUUCAGUGAAAUGACUGUCUUGCUCCUGUCCUAGACGUUGGAGAUUAGAUGUUAAACGGAGGGCUAGUGACAGAUGAUAACUCAAUACAACUUCUCACCCAGUCACUCCACUGCUCGUCCUACUGACUCUCCCUAAAACAUGUUUCUGUACAAACUCCUCGUUCCCUUUUCCAUACGUGUUAGGCUAUAUUACUGCAAGUCCAUAAGACAUUUUUAUGAAUUGUCUUCAUGUCUCCUCUUUUGUCUCGUGAUUUUUGUAUCAUUGUAUCAUUGUUUUGUUUUUGCACAGACGUUGACCACCACAAGAACUCUUUAGAUUAUAGGAAUCAUUUUGAAGACUUGCAACAAUCUGAAUGUGUCUUCCUUGUAUGUGGUGUUUGGUCAAAUCAGUACUAUUAAACUUAAACGAAUGAGACUCA